AUGGCUUCAACCAAUGCAGCCCAAUGGUCCGAAGGAACCGAUCAUGCUGAAGCAGACCCACUCCUGAACACCCUCCUCCAACAAGGCUGGCAACUCAACGACGACGCCAAUGCGAUCAGGAAAUAUUUUCGCUUUAACACGUAUACUAAAGUUAUGGACUACGCAAACUGCAUCGCCAUCAAGAGCAAACGCGCAAAUCACCACUCGGAGCUAACACUGAAAGCCCGCUCUGUCACCGUCCUCUGGACAACGCAUGUCCCCAAAGGACUGUCCAUGAAAGACCUGCGAAUGGCGGAGUUUUGUGAGAUGGCUGCUAAGGAGAUGGUGCUUGCUGUUGAGGGGGGUCAGGAGGAGGAGUGUGGGCCUUGUGGGGGGUGAAUCUUACUCGAGGGGUUGAUGUGGGGUUCUUUGUCGAUGCUGGGUAGGAUUUAUUGCGUUGUUUAUAGUUAGUUGAGGAGUGGUGCUGGUGCUGGUGGAUGUAGUAUAUAUGACUGAAGAGUUGAUGCAUGAUACUUCAACCUAGAUACCCUCUAUGAUCUAUUAAAAGGUUGGAGCCUCUGUAUGGUUCGAUAGACGGAAUCAACUUAGCAAAGGUCAG